AUGUAUUUGAAGUACUGUAUAUUCGCAGCACUGUUUGUCCUGGUGAUUGCCCGUAGGCAGAGCUUCACAGCAGCUGGAACCCUCCAGUGCAAAGGAAAACCAGCUGCAAACCAAGAAGUAGUGCUAAAGUUCACGGAUCCGCUUUUGAAAGCUGAAACUGUCGCGAAGGUGAAAACAGGGGCAAAUGGAAGCUUCAAAAUUGCUGGAGAAAAAAAUGAUAAAAUCACGCACCGAGCUUAUGUUUGGGUUGAGCACAAGUGCGAUCCGAAAAAUCGGCCCAACUGCAACGUGAUGGCCUACUUCCCCAUUCCGUAUAGACAGAGUGGCAAAACGUUCAACGUUGGGAAGAAAGAAUUGUCGAAGGCGGUAUACUACAACAGCUGCGACGAUAUAGACGCAUAAAAAGGAGCUUAUCUGACGUCAUUAGGUAAAAUAAACGCAAUUGAUU